ACCCAAAGCCUCAGUCCAAACACAGCAGUGAAAAAACAACAAACCGAAUCUCCUCUAGGGUUUUGUUUCACCGCAAACAUCUACCCCUAAAAUCUAGGGUUUUUUCUUCUUCUUUUUCAAAUCGAUUAUUCGAAAUCGGAUUCGACAAUGUACCUUCAUUUUCGACUCGUUUACAGAUAGUUUAUGUUGUUAUCCAUGGUUUAAUCCGAGCUAGAAAUUUUUAUUUCCUGAAUCGAUUUAUCUGGAACGAAGAAUUUUUUUUUUCUCGCUGGAUUUUUUCGAGCAUAGUCAGAGAAAGUAGAGAGAGAAAGCUUUGACUGAGUAUCCAUGGCGAAAACGAGACCUGGUAAACGAGAUGUAGAUUCUUACACCAUUAGAGGCACCAACAAAGUUGUUAAAGCUGGGGACUGUGUCUUGAUGAAACCAUCGGAGAGCAAUUCAGCUCCUUACGUGGCACGUGUGGAGAAAAUUGAGUCGGACAAUCGAAGCGGUUUGACUGUUAGGGUGAGGUGGUAUUACAGGCCAGAGGAAGCUGUGGGCGGGCGGAGACAGUUUCACGGAGCGAAAGAGUUGUUCUUGUCCGACCACUUCGACACUCAGAGUGCUCACACGAUCGAGGGGAAGUGUGUUGUUCACACUUUCAAGAAUUAUACUAAGCUGGACAAUGUUGGUGCGGAGGAUUAUUACUGUCGUUUCGAGUACAAACCUGCCUCUGGAGCUUUCCUGCCCGAUCGAGUGGCUGUAUAUUGCAAAUGUGAGAUGCCCUAUAAUCCAGACGACCUGAUGAUACAAUGUGACGAGUGCAAAGACUGGUACCAUCCUGCUUGUGUAGAUUUGACAAUAGAACAGGCAAAACAGUUAGCUCACUUUGUUUGCUCCGAACAUGGAUCUGACGAGGAUGUAAAGAAGCCUCAUAAAACCCCUCUCACUAAUGUUAAGGUAGAGCCGAAGAGGCAGAAGAAGUAACCGGUUUCCAUUUCGAAGGCUCUGAUGCAGAAAUGUAAUAUUAAUCCUUUAUGUGUAUCAGUAUGUAUUCAAUGCCGCUGAUAUUUAUCGAGUAAUGUACAGAGCAGAAAACUGAUUCCCUCUGCUUAGACUAGUGGCCUUUUUGUAAGUAUAGUCAUUAGUUUGUGUGUAUGAAACUAUGUUGUACGCAGUUCUUGCUUGGUAAAGAGAUUAAUCAUGUUAACUUAAUUACUCACAUGUUAACUAUGUGUAUGAAACUAUGUUGUAUUCGUCCCUCUGUGUUGGUAGUAGUUCAUAUUUAAUUUUAGGUUGAGAA